AGCCACACCCUCUCAGUGACUGUGAGCAAACACGUAGAAGAGCUCCGAGCUCUUCCGAAUGGAAUACUACAAUAAAUCCUGGAUGUGAUUUUUGUUGCGGUAUUUUUUAAUCCAUUUUUAUCCACUUCGUAACAAGAAAGGCGCGUACGCGGACUAGCCCACACAGGAACUACCUCCACCGUGAUGAGGAUGAUACCCAAGUAGAAGUUCUUCUUUGAAAAGAAAUGGAGAGAUAUGUGUGUGCUACUACUUUCAUUGCGUGUGUUUGCCGUAAAAAACGGAUAACUGCAUGUAGGUUUUUCGUCAAAGUUUGAGUACUAAAAAAUUGUCACCUCUGAAAGUUGUCGUAAAACACUGGACUGAAUGCUGCCUUUCCUGCCAUUCUUCUCUCCACUUCCGGUUGGUGGUGGCCACUGCACUUAAUGGCUAAAAAUACUUUGAAAAAAAGUUUCCAGCUAGCGAGCAAAGCCUAGAAGAACUUUUGUCACUUGGAUGUAUAAUUGUCUUCAACAGGUGCCCUUUGACAGAGCUAAUAAUGUCAUUAUGAGGUUGUUCAAGAUCCUGCAAAAUACAGGCUGUUUAGAUUACAUUGUGCUCUAACCAUGUGUUGGGAAACCACGCACUGCAUGACUGCAAACCACUGCGUUCAGAAUCUGUGCUAAUCCACGGCGCCCCUAAUCUGCCCCCCACCCCUCUACCCCGGACUAUGCUGCAUCAAUUGGAUCCUUUAAACCAGCUGCUGAUUGUCCGUCGCCCUUUUACCGGCGAACAUUUCAUUCAUCCCUGAUGAGCCAACAAGACAGACAGGAAAGGGAGCUAGGUGCAAUAAAGUACUCCUUUGUACUUUAUUUUCAAACCUGUGGGCCUCAGAGUCAAAUCCAGUCCAAGCAACCGCCAUGGAGCCGCUGAAGAACAUAUUCAGCAGAAGCCCGUUGUCCAGCUGGAAGAACUUGGAUCAGUCGCAGAAAGGCAGCUUUGCCAACCCUGUGUGGACGGCCUUGUUCGACUAUGAGGCGUCCUGCAAGGAUGAGCUCACCCUGCGCAAGGGUGACCUGGUGGAGGUCUUAUCGCUGGACUCAGAGAUAUCCGGGGACGAAGGCUGGUGGGCGGGUAAGGUGAACAACAAAGUGGGCAUCUUCCCCUCCAACUAUGGGUCCUUCAAACCCAGCGGCUACGGGAAGCUGCCGGGCAGAGGAGUGGUUGGCGAGCUGGGCGAGUUGGAACCCGAAGUGGUGAACUUCCAUGAGCUCAGCCUGGAGGAGGUCAUAGGGGUGGGCGGGUUCGGUAAGGUGUACCGUGGCACCUGGCGAGGCGGGCUGGUGGCUGUCAAAGCUGCCCGACAAGACCCGGACGAGGACAUCAGCGUGACGGCGCAGAACGUCCGGCAGGAGGCGCGUCUCUUCGCCAUGCUCACCCACCCCAACAUUAUCACCCUGAAAGGUGUCUGCCUGCAGGAACCCAACCUGUGUCUCAUCAUGGAAUAUGCAUCUGGCGGGCCGCUGAGCCGGGCGCUGGCCGGCCGACGCAUCCCGCCUCACAUCCUUGUCAACUGGGCCGUGCAGAUCGCUCGAGGGAUGCUCUACCUGCACAACGAGGCCAUCGUGCCAGUCAUACAUCGAGACCUCAAGUCCAACAACAUCCUUCUGGCACAGCCCAUCGAGAACGAAUGUAUGGAGGGCUUGACGCUGAAGAUCACCGACUUCGGCCUGGCCAGGGAGUGGCACAAAACCACCAAGAUGAGCACAGCUGGCACUUACGCCUGGAUGGCCCCCGAGGUCAUCAAGUCCUCCACCUUCUCAAAGGGCAGCGAUGUCUGGAGUUAUGGUGUUCUACUGUGGGAGCUGCUGACUGGUGAGGCGCCCUACAGAGGCAUCGACGGGCUUGCCGUGGCCUACGGUGUCGCCGUCAACAAGCUCACCUUGCCGAUCCCCUCCACGUGCCCUGAACCCUUUACCCAGCUCAUGUCAGAGUGCUGGGACCAGGACCCCCAUCGCAGACCCAACUUUGGCUCCAUCCUGGCCCAGCUGACGGCGCUGGAGCAGCAGGUGACGGAGGAGAUGCCGCAGGACUCCUUCCACUCCCUGCAGGAGGACUGGAAGCUGGAGAUUCAAGACAUGUUUGAUGAGCUGCGAGCCAAAGAAAAGGAGCUGCGCUGCCGUGAGGAGGAGCUAAAGCGGGCGGCAUUGGAGCAGAAGUCCCACGAGGAGUUCCUGCGCCAGCGUGAGCAGCAGCUGGCCCAGUGGGAGCAGGACGUGUUUGAGCGCGAACUCAGCCUCCUCAUCCUGCACCUCAACCAGAACCAGAAUCAGGAGAAGCCCAAUGUCAAGAAGCGCAAGGGCACCUUCAAGAAGCACAAGCUCAAGUCCAAGAACGGGGAGAAGAUCAGCAUGCCUCAAGAUUUCAUUCACAAGAUCACAGUGCAGGCAUCACCAGGACUGGAAAAGAGGCGGAACUCACCCGAUUUGGGCUCAAGCUCCUCGCCCUCCUUUGGCCCGCGUUUCCGUGCAAUACAACUUAGUCCCAGUGACAGCAGCAGGACGUUUAGUCUUAGCCCCGUGUGGCCACUCGAGGCCCCAUCCCAUAAGCAGGCCAACGGGGACCUGAGGUUGAGCCCCCACUGGAGGCCCCAAAGCCCCAAAAGCCCCAAGAGCCCCAAGGUUUUGCGCCUGAGUCCUCAGGAGAGCAGUCUGUCCAUGAGAGCCAAGCUGCUGGUGUCCGACAGCAACGAGAACGGAGAAUUCAAGGACGACUUUGAGGAGUACAGACCCUCCACGCCGACCUCUCCCCCGGCCCACAACGGCUCCUCAGUGAAGGACAGUCUGAGGCUCCCUCUUCCACAAGGAGACUCAGGCAGUGACGAAGGGGGGUCCUCUCCAGCUGGCUCUCCCGAUCGGGGUCCUCUCAGCCUGAUUAAGAGCACACACCGGGCACUGCUCGGCAGCGGCUCUCUCUUAGCCUCCAUUGGCUUGGGUCGCUGCUUGGACGUCUCCCCAAAAGUGCCCCCUCGAACUAAUCCUUCCUCCCUCGAGGAAUGUGCACCCUUUGACGUGGACAGCUCGCCCGCCAAGCCCCUCAUUCUUGAACCCCCCGUCGUGGACGACCUCAUCACCUUCUCCCCCUCUGAGUCGCUUCCCAAACCGCUUCUGGAUUUAGCCCUGCGGUGCCAAGAAUUGAAGCCACUGCCACCGCCUAACCUCCGCGAGAGGAGCGAGCCCAGGAUGCAGCAGGUGCCCCCCAGCCCUCAGGAUGGCGCUGGGGACGCGAGCCCCGUGGAGCAGAACUCCAGCCUCCAAUCCAGCAAUGGAGAUGUCACAUGCAAUGUUUUGGAGCACAGAGGUGACCGGAGGAGGAGGUCCAGUCAAGGCCUGCAUGGCUCUCAACUUGUUCUGGAUCUGCCCCUGUGCCAAGAAACACAGGACGAAAAAAACCCUACGCCCUACUCUCUCCACCCUAACCCUGCCCUCUGGAGCCCCAAAACCCGUCGUCUGGAGGUAAGCGUUAUCCCGCGCCCUCGUCCCUCGCCCAUGCGGCAGCGCAUUGACCCAUGGAGCUUCAUCUCGGCUGGCGGCGGGGGUUCCACUGUCAACCAAUUGGACAGCGCCCUUCUAGGGUACCAGCCCUCCCCGACUAACCCAUUCACCAACUGCCAUCCCUUUCCCUCGCCGGACUGCGACCCCUUCGCCCUUCGCGCCGACCCCUCUGGUGCUUUGGACAGGGCGUCGCUCUUCGACCCCUUCUCUACGCCUUUUCCCACCUCCCGCUCGGCACCGUGCUCCACUAACGGCUCGCCCACACUACCAUCGUUCCGCAUCGCGCCGCUAAACCCGGCCGACUCGCCGCUCAUCGACCUGGGCUGGGCGGUGUGCAGCAAGCCUCUGGAUGGAACCAAAGAGAGAGCCCACCCUCGAAGGACCCUGGGGCUCAAACCCUUCAAGUCCCCGACGCAGCUUAGAGACGAUAGGUUCUAGAGUCCACAAGGAUCCUCGUAUCUAAGGUCCCCGACAUUUUCCUUCAGCCAUCCCACCCGCCUGCUGCUUUGGAAUGUUCAAACGUUCCAUAGGUCGGCGGCAUAGCUGGCUGUAAAGAAAUAGCUAAUUUUUUGCGUUUCGUUUGGAAACCCAUCAGUCUUCCCGUCUGCUCCCGUCUCUACAACGCAGAGACUGAUCAGGCCACUCCCCCCUACCGCUGUGCUGGCUCAAAGCAAUCAGGACAUUUUGGAGUGCCUUGUUUUGUCAAGUGUUCGUUUUCAUCGACGUGGAAAACGCUCGGAAUUGUUCUCCAAAACAGGAAACAUGUCGAGCUUCAGCCUGCUGCCUUGUGGGAAUGAACACACCCGCCACAAAGAACAGAAAGAGAUAACAUUCCCACACAACGCCCAUUGGACAUUGAGUGCGACAUCAGCGCCUGAAGAGGUGAAAUCUCGCUUCUUACGCCAAAGAGAGCCGCUUUGACAAUGUCAAGUCUUAAAUUAGUCAACAUACAAUAUGUUAAUUAAAUUAGCAUUAAUAUGCACCACUAGGGAUGGGCAUUUAACUAAUAACCUUUUCAAUCCGCACAGGCUUGUCUGUCACUCAAAAUCCAGAAACGCAAUUAACACACGUAACUGUGUCGCUAAAACUCACUGAAUAAUUAGCAUUGAUAUCGAAAUUGAUUUUGAUACCAUCAUCAUCCAUGUUGACUGUAGAUGGAGGAAAAAAGAUUGAUUUAUUUUGGCUGUGUAAUUUUGUAGCAAAAUGACUUGGUUUUAGUUUAAAGAGGAAUAUUCCUUAUCUAACCCUAAUCAUAGUUAGCUGUGCAAGGUAGUCCACUCCAAUUGCUUUCAGGUGUGAUUAAUCAAUUCCACUGGAUUAGUUCAACGUGGGCUAGUGAGUUAUCUGGUUUUGUAAGCACAGAAUCCAUGUUUUCCAUUCUGGAAGAAAAUAACAUUUGGACAUUGAGGGUGAUGAUCCACAUUAUUACGCUAAAGAGAUCUGUGGUGACAAUGUAGGUCUUAAAUCAUAUGUUCAUACAAACACACUUGCCGCCAUUUUGUUUUGGGGAACGUUGGAGAAUUUUGUCACAUGACCAGCUAUGGCCAAACUAAUUAUGUAGUUAGCCAGUAAGCUUAGCAUUAAAAGGAUCAGCCUUUUCGGCAUUCAAUGAAAUGUCCUCAAUCAACUUAAAGCUGCUGCAUGUCACCGAUUCAAAAAUAAUGAAUAAAAUACUAUAACAUUUAUACUAAAGUCACCACCAACUGCAAGCUUAUGUUACUAAUGGCGGUUUAAGAGAACACAUUUAACAAAAAACUAUUUCUGUAUUUGUCACAAUUAGAAGUUAAACGAGCUGCACAUUCAAAGAAGGGAUCUGAGAAAAGGAAAGAUUUUCAAAAUGAGUGCUAUGGUGGUUAUUACAUUCCUGUGGGUCACUUUUCCAAACACUGCUUUUUAGGGCUGUGAAUCUUUGGGCACCACACAAUUCGAUUCGAUUCUUGGGGGUAUAUCGAUUCGAUUCAGAAUGGAUUCUCGAUUCAAAACAAUUCUCAAUUCCAAAUGUAUACUUUUUAAAUAAUAUUGGAUGCCAGUUCUGUGAUUAGCUACGUUCCUCCAUAAAAUAGAUAAACAGCUCUGAUCAAUUUCUUAAAAGAAAACUGGUUUUGUUUAAUAAAAUACUUCCCAAACAUUGAAAAAAAUUAAAUACAAAUAAGGCAACAAGAGAAGUAUCCAACACUUCUCUUUUCUAAAGUAAAUCUGUACAGCAGAUAUGAUCAUCUACAUCAACAAUAUGAUUUGCCCGAGUAGACUGAUUGGGGGAAAAAAAGUUGAAAUCAAAUUUUUAAUCGAUUAAGAAUCGAGAUUAAUCUGAAAAUCUAAUUUUUUUUGGACACCACUGCUGCUUUUGUAACAAACCCGUGUGUUUUCAAAUAAUCGGAUAUAAUGCUUGCAGCUGGUUUGAAUACUUUUUUGGGACUUACAGCAGCUUUAAGGGGAAUAAAACAACCAAUUAUUCAAGAAAUAGUGUUUUUUAGAUGACAAAUAAUUAGUUUUGACUUACUAUUUUCCAGAAUAAUACUUUUUAACAGUUAGUUCAGACUGUGCCAACACUAGCAGUGCUUCAAGAUGCCACGAGUCAAGAGGGGCAUCUAAUGGAUGUGUACUGUAUGCCCAUCCCUAGUUCAAUGUGAUGCCGCUUCGUGCGCCGCGUUUUUAAGCAUAAUGAUGCAGCUCAAGCAGCUGAAAGAGACCCACGAAAUAAACAAUAGGAAUGGUGGACACAUUUGUGUAAUUGGAGGAUAGAGGAGAGAUUAGUUUUAAUGAAGGGUGAAAAAAUGGAGGACUUUGUGAUGACCGUAAUAAUCCCGCCUGGCCAGGAUAGCAAGAUUCAGUUUUGCCAUACUUUCAUUUGAAUUCAGUGUAUGCUUGCUGUCGCAGUGAGUCCAGUACAAUUUUGUACACUAAACUCUUUCGACGAGCCAACCCUCACAUCUGUUAGGUGCGCACGUGGGUUAGGGUUUCAUACUUGGGUUUUAAAUAACGAUGGCCGAUAACAGAUGUUUCGAUUCCAUACAAUACCGAUUUCUUGCUGUGAUUUUUUUAAUUUAUUUAUUUAUCCUCCCCAGAACAUAAGUUAAAAUAGCCAUUUAACAACUCCCAUUGUGUAUUUUUCAUCAAUUAUAAUCAGAACAUAUGACAUACUGUUUACCUAAAUAGUUCAGUUAGCAUUAAAUACAUUGCUGCUGUGCGAGAUGUUCUCAUCACAUAAGUUGCACCUUGUUGUUUUUUCUGUUGGAGUAAAGUAGGUUCACGCCACACUCCUUUUGAGCAAAGACAUUGUUGUUCAACUUGAUCUAUUCACUACAACACAUGUUGCUGCUGACAUGAAGGAUCCGUUCAAAGGUCUGUAUUUGUGAUGUGAAAGUGACACACUACUAUUAAUACUUUGGAGAGUAAUUAAUAUACAACCGAUACUUACCAAUGUAUCGAUACUCCCAUAACUACCGGUAGUUGUCAACUAGGGCUUCCUAGAUGGCUGUACGACGUUUAGUUCCUGGGUCAUGGAAGUUGGUAUGAAGAUGAAACCAAGCUCGACUUAAAUAAACCUAGAGUAUAACGUAGGAAAGUGGGCCUAGCUUUGGAAAAAUAAUGAUUAUUGUUGUGUCAAGACUAGCGUUGAGUUUAGUGACUUUAAAUUGUCUGGAGGACAAGCUGUAAGACCUUCAGUUCCUAUGUUAUUCAGUCCCAAGUGUGUGGAUGUUAGGAAGCUAGUAUGAAUAUGAAACUCAACUCGUCCUGUUUGAGGUGGUGUUUAAUCUUUCCUUUGACAAAAUGUUGGGCAAGGCAGUGAAGUCCUUAGUAACCAUGUGUAUGGAAUGUUCAGCAGAGAAUAGUGGAAGUAGGACGGAGCACACCAUGGAUGUGGAAGACAUCUGUUGGAAUGUUGGUUGUGCAGCGAGUUAAUGAAAGGAUGACUUAGUGAAGGUGUUGACUUGCUUUAAAGGGGAAAUAUUAAUAGUAAUAGAUUCAUACCAGCAACCAGUGGCGACCAGUUUUGAUCGUUCGAAUAAAGAAAUGGAUCCAGAUCUAGCACAUGGGAAUAGUCGGUCAUAUUAGGAAAAAAAUAAGCUAACAGAAUCCUCACAUCCCAAAACCUGGAAGGCCCAACAAGACUAACAGUUGCAGCUUAUGUAAAAGAUGCAGAUAGUAAUUUCUAAUUCUUAGCACGUUUAGGUUAACGUUUGCUCGCCUCCUCUCCUUCAGCACCAAAAUCCAAACUGAUGCUAUUAGGAAAUUAAAAUGGGAAGAUUGUUGCCAGUUCUACAGGGUGUCCCUAAGGUCUGGCCAUACAUUAUACAAAUGUUUGAAUUCAUUCAUAAUUAAAGGGGCGGUUUGCAACCUUUACGCGACAGCCGAGAGGGCGCUAACUUUCCAAAGUUAGCAAGUAAUGACGUAAACUACACUCUAGGGCUGUGAAUCUUUGGGCACCACACCAUUUGAUUCGAUUCGAUUCUUACUGGCACAAUUUGAUUCAGAAUCGAUUCUCAAUUCAAAGGAUUCUCUAUUCAAAAUCUAUACUUUUUAAUACAAUUGGAUACCAGUUCUAUGAUUAACUACAAUCUUCCUUUAAGAUUAUACUUAAAAUAAAACUGGUUUUGUGGAAUAAAAUUCUGCCCAAACAUUUAAUAAAGUCAAAUACAAGUAAGAAGUAUCCAACACUUCUUAUGAUCAUCUACAUCAACAGUAUGAUGUGCCUGAGUGACUGGACAGGACAGAUUGAAAAAAACAAAAACAUUUACUUUUGAUUUUUUUGAAUCGAUUAAGAAAUGUUAUAAAUAAGAAUCGCGAUUCAUUCGAAAAUCGAAAUUCAUUCGAAAAUGUUUUUGACACUCCUACUACACACACAUUAGACUAGUGUGUUGUGAGCAAUUAAGAGCGAUUUAACAAAGUUAAUCUACUAACGCUAACUAUCACUGAAUGUUUAUUCCAUCAACAAAAACAACUUGACUGCAAAUUGUUAGUUGCUUCUCCUUGUGUGUUUGUGCACGUGCUCCCUGCCUGUGACAGCCAUUAAUGCCAGCUUAAUUUAUAUAAAAUAUGACUAUUUGUGACAUUUAGAAAAUUACAUAUUUUCAGUUAAACUGCAAAUGUUAACAUCAGCUAGCCGGUGGUAUUCUUGUUAUGUAUUUUUUUGUUAGAAAAAAAGUUUACUUUGUGCAAACAGCUCCUUAAAUGAAAUUUAAAAAACAUAGGAAAGUUAUUUUAAAAAUGACACUUUAAUAUUAUUAAACAUGUAUGAAAAAUUAUAAAUGUCCUUUAAAAAAAGAAAUUAAUACAUUACCUAUUUUUGUGCUACAUAAUAAAGGGGAAAAUGUGAAUAUUUUUUGGGGGGGAUCAUUGUAUAAUACAUGCAAAUGUUUGCCUAUGUGUCCUGAUUUUAGGGAUACCCUGUUUUGGUUUUUUGUUUUCUAAUUAAUUGCUAGGCGUGUUUAAGAGUAGCAGGUCUCUUUCAGGUGCUUGUUAGAAGUAGUUUACAAAUCCUCUACGGGUCCAAAUGUGCUCUCCCAGCUUUGUAGUACUUCAUUCUUGCUUCUGCCUGUGAGCCAGCAAAGGACCUAUA